ACGCGGGCUCUCCAAUCUGCCAUUUUCUGCUGCGGGAGCUGUGGAACGUGCCAGCCCCUAUCUCCCUUUUCCCUUUUCUCCUCCCCUCCCCGUCUCUGUCCUCUGCGCCCACCGGCCCGCCUCCGAGAGACAAUGGCCGCCGAGCCCGCCGCGAUCGCCGAGCUCGACCCAGCCGACAAAAGGGAAGAAGAGGCACCUGCCCCGUCCACAUCUACAGAGAAAACUGAUAGUCUGGAUGUGGAUAGUGAAUCUAAGAAGCUACUGGGCUUGGGGCAGAAACAUCUGGUAAUGGGAGACAUUCCAGCAGCUGUCAAUGCAUUCCAGGAAGCAGCUAGUCUCUUGGGUAAGAAGUAUGGAGAGACAGCUAAUGAGUGUGGAGAAGCCUUCUUUUACUAUGGGAAAUCUCUUCUGGAGUUAGCAAGAAUGGAGAAUGGGGUGUUAGGAAAUGCCCUGGAUGGAGUCCCAGUGGAUGAAGAUGGAGAGAAAGCAGAAGAUGAAUCUAUGGUAGAGAGUUCUGAUAACGUAGAUGAGGAAGCAAGGGACGUGUUGAGAGAACAGGUCUAUGAUGCCAUGAAGGAGCAGGCAGCACAGAAAGCCAAGGCCGAGGCUUCCCGGGAGAAGGCCCAGGAAAGCCCAGCAGAGGGGCCCGAGAGCACAGAAGCUGAUGUAGAGAUGGUGGAGGACAAAAGCCGGGCAGAAGCAGCCCCAGGAAGCCCUGAGAAGGCCCCGAGCCUAAUCCCAGAACCCGAAGCAGCAGCCACUUCAGAGGAGCCACCAGCAGAGACAGAAGCUCCGACUGCUGCCCACCAAGAUGGAAAGCCAGAAGAAGAGGAAACCAGAGCAGAAACAGUAGUUGAGGAGAAACAGGGAGAAGUAAUUAUAAGAACAGAGGAAGGGCCCAGAGAAGCUCCUGAAGAGCAGCCAGCCCCAGCCCCAGAAGAGCAGGGAGCUGAAGUCAGAGUAGAAGGAGAGGCAGCAGAUGGGGGAGGAGGGGAAGGGAGGGAGAUGGAGGCAGUAGCAGCAGUAUCACCCGAAGCCAAGAAAGGAGAGGUGGAAGCGGUCCUUGCUGAAGAGGAACCAGCAGAGGCUUCAGGGGAGGCCCAAGUGGCAGCAGCACCCAUGGAGGCCCAGGCAGAAGUUCCAAGUGAGGAGAAAGUCGAGGAGCAGCCAGCAGCAGCCACCCAUGCCGAGGGCCAGGCUAGUGUGAUUUCUGAGCCAGGAGAACAAGUCCCUGUAGAAGAGCAGGCUGCCCAGAAGCUCCCAGACACAAAAGAGAACAUCGAUCCUGAGGCAGGGUCUCUGGCAGAGGCAGCCCCUGUCCAAGAGGGCCCCAAGAGCACUCCAGAAGAUUCCAAGGCAGCCGGAGAUGGGCCUGAGAUGGGCCCCAGGGGCCAGGUGGCUGGAGAAACACCCUCUGAAGAAAAAGAUUCAGUAGCUGCUGCUGUAGAACAAGAAGAAAAAGAUGAGCUGAUGAAGGAGAAGGAGGAGGAGGAGGAGGAGGAGGGAGAAGAAACUGAAGGCUCUGAAGAAGAUGACAAAGAGAAUGACCGAGAAGCUGAGGAGCCAGGAAACGAUUCUAAACUGGAAAACAAGUCUGUUCAGGAAAAUGAAGAUGAAGACAUUGGAAACCUGGAACUUGCCUGGGAUAUGCUGGACUUGGCAAAGAUCAUUUUUAAGAGGCAGGAAACAAAGGAAGCCCAGCUCAAUGCAGCCCAAGCUCACCUGAAGCUGGGGGAAGUGAGCAUCGAAUCUGAAAAUUACAGCCAGGCCAUAGAAGAAUUCCAGGCCUGCCUUGCCCUUCAGCAGAAUUACCUUGAGGCCCAUGACCGACUGCUGGCUGAGACCCAUUACCAGCUGGGCCUGGCCUAUUCCUACAACAGUCAGUAUGGCGAGGCAGUGUCUCAGUUCACCAAGUCUGUGGAUGUCAUUGAGAAGAGGCUGGCCAUGCUGAACGAGAGGAUAAAGGCAGCGGAGGCCCCUUCUGCUGAAGAUGAGAAGGAGAUUGAGGAGCUCAAGGAACUGCUCCCGGAGAUUAAAGAAAAGAUUGAAGAUGCCAAGGAGUCACAGAGCAGUGGGAAUGUCGCCGAAUUGGCUCUGAAGGCCACCCUGGUUCAGGCAGCUUCUGGUUUCACAUCAAGCAGUGGGAAUUCGUCAGCCUCAGGGAUCACAGCUAGAAGAUCCACAGAUGGUGCUGCUACAACGUCCUCAAAUUGUGUGACUGACAUUUCCCAUUUGGUCAGAAAAAAGAGGAAACCAGAAGAAGAAAGUCCCCGGAAAGAUGCUGAGGCCAAGAAACCCAAGCAGGAGCCUGCCGUCAAUGGUGGCAGUGGUGACGGGGAUGGGGGCGGUGAUGCUGCCCCCACUACAAAUGAGGCUGCAGAAAAUAUGGAAGCAGAGGCUGAGAACCAGCCACCAGCCGAGUCAGGAGCUGCCACCGUACAAAGCACCGCAUGAACCUCCCAGAGGGAGGCGGGAGGACCCUUCUCUCUCCAAGGACGAUGCUUUUGUAUAUAAUGUAUUUUUUCACUUUUGGGGACUCUUUUUGUAUAACUUCAAUAAAGAUUGUACGCAAAGGUU